AUGCACAAAAGGAUCCUAAAUUUUUGUGUAAUUGAUAGUCAUAAGUGGGAGAGCAUUGGGAAAUUGCUUGAAAAUUGCUUGAUUGAUUGGGGACAUGAGAAGAUACUCACAAUUACUGCAGAUAAUGCAGCUGCCAAUACUAAGGCAAUUGAAUAUGUGAGGAAGAAAAUAAAUGGGUGGAAAGAUUUGAAUAGUGUGUUAGGAGGAGUUCACAUGCAUAUGAGGUGUAGUGCUCAUAUAAUCAACUUGAUAGUUAAGGAGGGUUUGAAGAGAUUAGAAAGCUCAAUUGUGGCAAUCCGUAAUUCGGUCAAAGUGCAAGGGGUUGGUGGUGAUGAGGAUGUGCCCACUAGGUGGAACUCCACUUAUUUGAUGCUUGAUGCGGCAUUGAAAUUUCGAAAAGCCUUUGAUAGAAUGGGGGAUGAUCCCGAUUCUUCCUACUUAAUGUACUUCAAGGAAGAUGAAGGAGAUGAUGAGAGAAUUGAAGGCAUUGAAGGAAGUGGGAAAGGGAAGGGAAAGUCUAAGACUAAUAAGAGGGUGGGUCCACCUAGUGAUGAAGAUUGGGAAAAAGCCGUGACAUUUGUGAUGUUUUUGAAGACCUUCUAUGAUGUCACGUUGAAAAUUUCAGCUUCUUUGCAUCCAACAUCACACUCAACCUUCCAUGACUUGCUUGCCAUAGAUGGGGAGAUUCGGGAGUUAUAUAGAUAUGAUGUUACAAUUCCUAUUGAAGAACGGACAGCCAUGGAUACUCUUUUAAAUGAUAUGGCAGCAUCAAUGAAGAAGAAAUAUGAUAAAUAUUGGGGGUGA